CUGGGAUUGACAGAUUACCUUCCCACACCAUCCAUCCCCACCGGGCGGUAAGAAUCUCCCACGGUAGUUAAGGCACCAUCCCUGUUUUUCUCAGAUGCAACUAUCACCACUCCAUACAUGGCGCCUACUGGGGAGAACAACCCGGGCAAAUGUACGGUACGCUACGGAGGGUACAGGACCUCCAUCAGAUGUGCAUGCGUGCGUGCAUGCCUGCUGCAGUGCCUUGCAAGUUGCAACGACUGAGCUCGGGGACACACAAAACAGCUGGCGCCCCAGUCCCAGUCCCAGUCCCAGGCCGGUCCGCGCGGGCGGGCGGGCGGCCAGCCAACCAACCAACAACUCCCGAACACACCCCCUCUCAUCAAUCAACACAAGAAUUGAUUCUAGUUCUAUUUGGGAUUAUUGACUUUCUAUUCACUUUCCUACAAGGAAUUCCUGCUCCUGCAGUGCACAGUAUCACAGUCUGGGUGUCUGUACUGUACAAAAACUGCCCCCCCCUUUCUUAUUGCCCCUGCGGUGUCUCCCACAUGUCUGACUACUAUCUCUGACAGGCUGAUCUGGUGACUCUGCUGCAAUAUCUUGCACCAAGGCGGAAGAAAGGGGGCAGACCAUACUCCAAAAUUUCCCUGUAUACAUCUCAGCUAACCCCCGAGCCAGCUGCUGCUGAGGGACUCAUA